CUGAGCUUUCCUUUCUUCCUAAGGCACUACCAGAACUGGGAGGCAGUAUCUCUGCAAUAUGCUUACUGAGCUCUGUCCCAUGCUGACAUUAAGAUCAGGCUUUGCUCUGAGAGGUUUUGUUUUCUUGUGAGUUACUGAUCUUGGCACUCCAGUUUCUCAUUUAGCAGCUACCCCAGAACCCCGCAGAGAAACGGGUGGGAGACACACAGUCAGCUCAGAGGAUGGCAAUGGCAGGUCAUUGCUGGACAAUGUGGCUUCUUCCUGUUGUCCUUGUUUUCCUUCAGAUGGUGCAGACAGUCAUACCAAAUGCAUGCAAAGUCAACUAGAACUGUGAGCAGUUCUGCGAAAGUGAAGAUGAAGGAGUCGUAUGUUUCUGUGCUGCUGGCUAUGCCCUGGCCAAUGACAACAAAACCUGCACUCCUGUAGCUACAAAGCCACACUUAAAGUUCAUCCAUGGAGCACACAGCACAUCUUGACCACAUUUGGGAAGUGCUGGUGUGUUGCAGUGCCAUGGUAACAUAAUGUUAAUUCCAUGCCUUUCACAUGGCUUGCCUGAAGUGUUGCCAACAAAUUUAAUGAGAUCUUAGCUAAAGGUUGUAGUUUAAGUAACAUCAAAUUGUGCAACUGUGAGUGAUGUGCAGUAGCAAAACAAGCUCAGGGAAGUGUUCUCUGCAAGUGGGUCCAUUCUCAGAGCAGACUGAAACCCCCUAGGUGCCUACCCUGAUUUGAGACAGACUUCCCUGGUGUUAAC